GUCGCACUUCUAGGACCAUUAAACCCUUAUACAUCGCGAUAAUACAUCAUGGACGACGACAGGCGUCUGAAGGACGAAGAGCAGAAGAACCGCACAAGACUCGCGACAGAGUUUUUGGACCCAAGUGAUACGAACUUACGAAGCUACCGCGCCGAUGUCCUGUUAAUGCUGAAUCGAGGGCUGAAGAGGCUCAUAGUCAGCUUGGACGACAUCAGGAGUCAUGACAGAACAAUUGCCGAGGGCCUCCUCACUUCGCCUUUCGACUGGUCAUCGGCAUUCGACGAAGCCCUCAAAGCCGUUGUCGGCACGUUUCCGGGUCGCGAAAAGCCAGCAGACGAAGAUGUAUACUAUUGUGCUUUUAUUGGAAGCUUCGGAGAAUACGCCUGCAACCCUCGAACGCUGGGCUCUCAGCACCUCAAUCGAAUGGUAUCAUUGGAGGGGAUUGUCACGAAAUGCUCUCUAGUACGACCGAAGGUUAUAAAAAGCGUCCACUACAAUGAAGCCAAGGACAAGUUCCACUUCAGAAACUACGUGGAUCAGACCAUGACGGCAAGCGGUGCUACUAGCACGAGCGUCUAUCCUACGGAGGACGAAGAUGGCAAUCCUCUUGUCACAGAGUACGGCUACUCUACAUACCGCGAUCACCAGACGAUCUCGAUUCAGGAAAUGCCAGAACGAGCUCCUGCUGGACAACUUCCGCGUGGGGUGGACGUAAUCAUGGAUGACGACCUAGUCGAUCGCGUAAAGCCAGGCGAUCGUAUACAGCUUGUGGGAACAUACCGGACACUAGGAAAUCGCAACCAAGGUGCAGGGAGUGCCAUUUUCAAAACUAUCAUUCUCGCCAACAACGUUAUUCUCCUCUCCUCCAAAUCGGGGGGUGGAAUCGCUCAGGCUACCAUUACCGACACGGAUAUCCGCAACAUCAACAAGCUUGCAAAGAAUCGACGUGUAUUCGAUCUGCUUUCUCAAUCUCUAGCACCCUCAAUCUACGGCCACGACCACAUCAAGAAAGCUAUCCUUCUCAUGCUUCUAGGAGGUGUGGAGAGGAAUCUGGACAACGGAGCUCAUUUGCGUGGAGACAUCAAUAUUUUGAUGGUCGGAGAUCCAUCGACCGCUAAAUCCCAGCUGCUUCGAUUUGUCCUGAACACUGCACCGCUCGCAAUCGCAACAACAGGUCGAGGCUCUUCAGGUGUCGGUCUCACUGCCGCGGUAGUGACCGAUAAAGAAACAGGGGAGCGUAGACUAGAAGCAGGAGCCAUGGUUCUCGCAGAUCGUGGUGUCGUCUGUAUCGACGAGUUUGACAAGAUGAGCGAUGUCGAUCGAGUGGCCAUUCACGAAGUGAUGGAACAGCAGACCGUCACGAUUGCUAAGGCCGGCAUCCACACGACUCUCAACGCAAGGUGCAGCGUAGUUGCAGCUGCCAAUCCAAUCUUUGGACAGUAUGAUACGCAUAAGGAUCCCCAUCGUAAUAUCGCCCUACCGGACUCGCUUCUCUCCCGUUUCGAUUUGCUCUUCGUAGUCACAGACGACAUCGAGGACAGCCGGGAUCGAAAGAUUAGUGAGCACGUCCUUCGCAUGCACCGAUAUCGCCAGGCAGGCACCGAGGAAGGCGCGCCUGUUCGCGACCAAGGCGUCCAGUCCCUAGGCGUUGGUCUCGAUGAGAGUGAAGACGCGAACAAGCCUACCGAGGUGUAUGAGAAGUACAACCCUAUGCUGCACUCCGGUGUCACAGUCCAAGUUGGACGUGGACAUUCACGCAGAACCGAAGUGAUCAGUAUCCCCUUUAUCAAGAAGUACAUCCAGUACGCGAAGAACAGGAUAAAGCCAGUGCUCACCAAAGGCGCUGCGGAUCACUGCGUCACGGUUUACUCCGCCCUCCGGAACGACGAGGUCGAAGGAAACCAGCGCCGCACGAAUGCCAUUACGCCUCGUAUGCUUGAGACGAUGAUUCGUCUUGCUAGUGCCCACGCCAAGUCGCGGCUAUCCAACACCGUGGAUGCGAAGGAUGCAGAGGUCGCAGAGAGCGUUCUGAGAUUUGCACUCUUCAAAGAAGUGGUCGUAGUCGAGAGGAGGAAGAGGAGGAAGGUCACUCGUGAUCCGGAUGCGAUGAGCAGCGACUCGAACGUGAGCAGCGACGACGAUGAUGACGAGGACGGAGACGAAGCCAACGCCGCGACUCCAAGAUCCGGUGGUCCAAACACUAGGAGCCAGAGACGGCCAAACGGCACGACUAACGGCAAUGGCGCAACUAACGGCACUGCGACACCUGCUGCAGACGACGACGAUGAUGACGACGACGAUAUGGAAGACGACCUGUACAACGUAACACCACGCACUCAGCGCACGAAGUCCAGCCGUGCGGGCGCCAAUGGCGCCAGCAGCUCCCAAUUCUCCGUCGCGUCCUCGCGGCCUGCCUCACAGCUGCUCCCCACGCAGACGGAGUCCCAAGACGACUCGCAGAACGCUGCUGGCCGGUCAAGUGGUAGCAGCACUGCGAUCACACCAGCGCGUCUGCAGAUCUUCCAGAGCGUGCUCGGCCAGCUGAUAGACGGUCCCCUGUUCGCAAGCGACCAGCAGGACGUGGAGCCAGUCAUUGCAGCCGUGAACGCGAGACUGGGACGUGGGGCCGGUAGAGAGCCUUUCUCUGAGCAGGAGGCGCAGUCUGCAUUGAGGGCCCUGAGCGACCGGAACAAGAUCAUGUACGAGGACGACAUCGUCUACAAGAUCUAGAAGCAGAGGCCAGUUCGAGACGAGGAAUUGGGUAUCGGAGAACGAGGACUGGUGUUCCUGGGUAAAUGAUGCAUGAGGGAUGUAUCAUGAGGGCAUAUGCAUGUUGCUGGAGUUUUUGCGUUUGCGGGGCAAUGUGAGAUAUCCAGGUGGUGUCUGCUGGUGGGAAUGUGUUCUUUGGGGCUUUGAUACAUAGACAUGAAGCGUCUUUGCAUUUCGGAAUCAAACUUCGGGGAACUUCGGCCAUCGGUGCUUCUGCUUCCACAUAAAAUACAUACUGCACUAAACGCUUUCACAGCAUGACGGGAGAAGUGGCUGAUCCUGCGAGAGCGGAUCAAACAUGGGAUCUAUUCGCCGCAUGUAGAUUACCGCUCAUACGUCUACAAUUGAAUCUACAUGAAAGAAG